AUGUAUACCCUGGGGCAGCUCCCACCCGAAAUUAUCUGUCUGAUUGGCGAGCAACUAAAUUCACAGAGUGACCGCCUACACCUGAUUUUUAGCUCUCGGCACAUGUAUAAUAUGCUCCUGCCAACCCUGUACUCACAGGUCCGCCUCUGUGACGGCCAUCAUGACAUUGAAACCCUGGCCCCAUUUUUAAAUACAAUUCUACGAAGUCCAGCCUUGGCAAAAGAAGUCCAGCACCUGAACGUGCAAGAUUGGGGAUACUCUCCGUGGGAGAAAGACCUCCAAGCUCGAUUUGAUUACAACGAAUACGAUUCCAACCUCAUAGAAAAUGCCGACUGUGGUAUUCCCUACUCCGCCGAAGAGAGAGAGUUCCAACUCCAAGGCCUGAGAAAGGGCGACUCCGAUGCCUGGCUGGCUCUUCUUAUUCCACAUCUCAACAACCUCCAAAGCCUCGACAUAGCCUGGCCAUAUGAAGAGAACAAAGUCAAUUUGAUGUUCUCCAAAGCAGCCGAAGAUAAGGGCUGUUUAUUUCCUCAUCUUCAAGAAGUUUACGGCGCACAUUGUGACACAGAAGGCGGAGUCGACUCAUACUACAUGAACCCUUUUUUCAACUUCCCGGCUAUGCGUAAGGUGAGCGGAAAUAUGAUCGUGGAAUUUGAGAAGGAGGAGAUCCCUGGGACUCCCGUCAAGCGCUGCUCUGGAAUCGAGGAAAUCGAUCUCGCGCUGAGUAACAACGAAUAUGGAUUUCGCUUUUGGAUCCAGUCUUGCAUAGCGUUGCGUUCAUUCCGUCUCGAUGUUGGUGGCCCAAUAGUCAGUAGUAUUUCAAUUCAGUCUGGUUAUCUUCAAGAGUCGCUUUCAUACCACAAGACGACCUUGGAGAGAUUCUGGCUUCGGACGGAUGAGGAAAGUGAUCGUGAUGAGGACGGGGGGUGGAUUGGCUCCUUUGCGGAGUUUUCUGCCCUGAAGAUGUUGCAUGUUCCUUUUGCAAUGCUGAUUGAUAAUCUGGAGGCUGAGACGCAUUGGGAGCUUGAAGCAUUGUUGCCGCCAUCUUUGGAAUCCUUGUAUCUAUGCCAAUGUGACUCGGACCUGGUCAUCUUGGCUAUUGAUCAAAUUGAGACUCUGUUGGGCUUGCGAUGUCUGCCAAAGCUCACUUCGUUAGGACUUGAAUGUUAUAUGCCCAAGGAAUCAAUACGACACAGAUUGAGUCUGCUCUCUAAAACUUGUGAAGAAGCGGGUGUUACCUUUGUCAACUUACCUCCUGCGCAGCUGGAGACUUGGGACUAUUUGGAAACAGUUUGGCCUCGUCAUGCUUGA